AUGAAGGAUCUUCCUCAAGAGAAGCAAAAUGACGGUGCUCAAGAAUCCAACAAUAGCUUYAAAAAGUCUCUAAAUCUUGCAUAUUUUCAGGAUCCUAAASAUGAUCAUCGACAGGACAAGGAAUUAGUUUCGUAUUUGUACGAACCAAAUGAUAAAGAAGAUGAUGUUUCGAAUCAAAUCCCGAAGAAACAACGUGAAAAGUGGAGCAAACUUGCAUUUUGGUUAUCCAUCUUUUCGAUGUUCGUUUCUAUAUUGUUCAGCCUGGCUUCUUUUCUCGUCUCAUACCAAACAGAUAGUUCUUCAGUAUUUGCUAGCGCCUUUGAUGCUCUGUUGGGGACUGUGAGCUCACUCGCUGUAGCUUGGAGGUUCAGGGAUUUGCUCAACGGWGGUACACGUGGUCGCAAGAGAGAACGAAUCGCUACCAUUGGGAUUGGUUUUGGCUUUGUAGCAACUGGAGUUGCAACUGUGGCUGAUAGCAUUAUUCACCUUACAGAUCAUACCCACCCCAUUAAAACAAAUCAGAUGCUCAUUGUUCUCACGUGUAGCCUGGUMGGUUUUCUAACSUURUCYUAUGGACAAACAUGUCUAGCUAAGAAACUCAAUAGCCAGUCUCUGCGAGCUGCUGGUGCUGACAGUGCUCUYGCUGCUGCGAUGUCAUUCGGGAUUCUGCUUUCCACGUUUGUAUACCGGAGUGCUAAUACCUUGUGGUGGCUUGACCAUUUUAUAGCAUUAUUUCUCGGAGUUAUUUCAGGGGGAUAUGGUUUGCAUUUGUUCUUGCUAACUGUCAUAUGCAACAAGGAGUUGUUUGGUGAACAGUAUCAAGAAGAAAAACCUUUAAACGAGCACGGCAGUGAUUGAUAAGUAUGUGUAAUAGUGCAGUUAAUAUUCAAUAUACUAAUCACAGUUUA